AUGGAAAGUGGUGGGCAAUCGGUCGAAAACAGCGCAGAACAGAAUCAUCUUGAACGAUUGGGUUUUCGUUUCAACACAAACGCGACACCAUUUAUUCCGAAAUCGCAGCCGGAAGAGGAACGCCAUCAAGGGAUUAAUUCGACGGAUCGGAAAGCUGAUCGCCCAACGAGACAGCCCGAGGACACUCGUCAAGAAAUCUCACAGAAUGCUCAAGGACGCCUCAGAGAAGGUAAUGCAAAUCUGCAAACCCGUCGAGAUGUUCUUGCACAGUCAACUCGCCCAGUGAAUCGUCAAAUACAGGAGCAACCUAAUGCAGAAAAUCUUCCGCCACGCAAGCAAAGGCAACGCCAUCCUGUGACCAAACCACCGCCGGCUAGCAGCAGCAAUCAACGUAGUGACUUGCAACCACCAUCAACUGAAGGAAUCUCGAACAAUGUGGAACCAAAGAAGAGGAACAGGCCAAAGAAAAAAGACAAACCCAACAACAAUACAGGAAUUCAAGAACAAAGCUCAGAAGGCACAACUACUCACAACGCGGCACUUCCAAAUCGACAGACGCCAAGAACAAACCCUCGGGGUGGACGAGGAAAAGCAACUCCAGGAAGUUAUGGGCGACAAAAUGACCAUGGAAUGAAUUCGAGUAGGACGAGUUUUGAGGACGCUUCUCUCCCAAAAAGUUCAGAUUCUGGCAAUCGUCGCCAGCUGCCAAAUGCACGGGGAAAGCCAGCAAUUCCGAAUCGUGGUCAUCCAAAUCAAAGCAACGGAGGAGUGGACAGACGACGCCGUCGCAGUGACAAUUUUGGUCCCGAUGUUUCACUACGUGAUCGAUUGACUCUUCAAUUGGAGCGCGAUGGAUAUGAGUGCACUAUCUGCAGUAAUAUCAUUCGGACCCAUCAUCGUAUUUGGUCUUGCAAUCAAUGUUAUCACCUGCUUCAUUUGGCAUGUGCGAAAAGGUGGGCCUCGACUGAUGGAGAAGAACGGCCAGAUAUUUCUUGGAGAUGCCCAACAUGUAACUCGAUGAAUCAACGUUUCCCAGAUACUUAUUUCUGUUUCUGUGGAAAAACGAAAGAUCCACCUGCAAAUCGUGACGAGCUUCCUCAUUCGUGCGGUGGAACUUGUGGCAAAAAUCGUGGACCUACCUGUACUCAUCCUUGCACUGACGUCUGUCAUCCUGGUCCUUGUUCAGAGUGUCCGGUACAAGUGACAAGAAAGUGUGCUUGUGGACUUACUGAAAUGGCUGUCAGAUGUGGGACGGCUUUACAAAGAAAGUGCGACACGGUUUGCAACAAGCAGCUGAAUUGUGGGAUUCACGUUUGUCAGAGUAUCUGCCACGCAGGAGCCUGUGAACCAUGCCGUGUUGGAGUAGUAACAAGCUGUCAUUGUGGCGGCAAAGAGGAGGAACAAUUUUGCGGUCGGGAAGCUAUUUUCUCGUGCAAUAACAAAUGUAAAGGAGUUUAUGAUUGUGGUGUUCAUAACUGCAAGCGACUCUGCCAUUCGAAAGUAGCUGGUUCUCCAAAUGGUUGUGGAUCGUGCCCUGACAGCCCAGAAAGGAUCAUCAACUGUUCAUGUGGAAAAACGUCAAUCAAAUCGCUUUUAAAGGGUGGUCAACGUGCAACCUGCUCAGAUCCGAUUCCAACAUGUAAAGCUGUAUGUGGGAAAAUUUUGCAUUGUCAAUCAAAAGGAGUUCACCAUCGCUGUCAAUCCCUUUGCCAUAAUGGGGAAUGUCCACCCUGUUCGUUGAAAACUGAGCUAAACUGCAAAUGCCAACGAUCUACAAAGAGUGUCCCAUGCAAGGAGUUUAUGCCAGAUGAAGUUUUCGAAUGUGAUCGCGUGUGUAAGAAAGUGAAAUCGUGUGGAUUGCAUAAGUGCCAAAAGAAAUGUUGCCAAGAGGAUCAGCAUAUUUGUAUGCAGAUAUGUGACAAAAUGCUAAACUGCGGUAAGCACCGAUGUGAACGUUUGUGCCAUCCCGGUCAAUGUUCUCCUUGUACACAUGCAAGUUUUGAUGAAGAGUUUUGUUUGUGUCGGCGAACCGUGUACUAUCCACCUAUCAAAUGUGGAGAUCAACUGGCAGAGUGCACUUAUCCGUGUCGAAGGGAACAUGCUUGUAACCACGAAGUUACGCACAAUUGUCAUCGAGAAGAAAAUUGCCCACCUUGUAUGGUCUUGACAAGUAAAAUGUGUGCUGGGGGGCAUGAGACGAGAAAGAAUAUUCCCUGUCAUCUUGAGACAAUUUCUUGUGGGCGCCCUUGUGGUAAAGCUCUACGAUGUGGAAUUCAUGAAUGUGAUAAGCGAUGUCACCGUGGUGAAUGCGAAAAGGAUGAUGAAAUUUGUAAAAGGCCGUGCCCACAACCUCGCUCGGAUUGUGAACACAAAUGCGGAUUGCCUUGCCAUAGAAAUUCUCAGUGUCCUGCAUCGGAUUGCAAAGAAAAGAUGACCGUUUUGUGUGAAUGUGGACGAAGGAAAGAAGCUCUUCGUUGUGUUGAUGUGUUGAAAAAUGUGGAAAGACUGCGAGCGAUUCGUGCCGAGGAGGAAGAAAAUCGCAACGCAACGGCUGCUGGACCAAUUAAAAUUCUUCGUCGAUCAGCAAGUAUGGAUCGUCUUAACAGUUUGCCUUGUGAUAGUGAAUGCAAUCGUGUAGCCCGAAUCAAAUCGAUGGCUGAAGCUCUUGACAUUCAGGUUGAUGACAAUGGAGACCAACUUCAGUGUGCUCCAAUUACAUAUUCGGAGUACUUGCGCUACGUGAUGAAAAAUCAAGCGGACUUUCUGAUGUUGAUCGAGAAAGCUUUUGUGGAUCUAGUUCGUCGAGUGAAUGAAGAUUUGGGCGACAAUGGUGUAUGUCACAACUUCAAGCCUAUGCGAAUUGAGGCUCGUCGGGCAGUGCACGAGUAUGCUGUGUACUUUGGAUUAAGCAGUGAGAGUGUGGACUCUGGCGCGCAAAGAAGUGUUGUUGUUACUGGAAAGAAGUGCUCUGCACGUAUUCCUACAGUAACUUUAUCAGCUUACGCGGCUCGAUUUCCAAAGAAGCUUCUCCAAACGGGCCCAAUCAACAUUAGCAGUGAAUGUGUUAACGCUAUGAUCAAUGUCAAAGCGCCAACAUUGACUUCGGAAGAACCUCAGAUGAAGCCGCUUGAAACAAAAUUGAAAGCUGUCCGCCGUCGCCCACCUCCAACUUUGCAAACGACGGUGGUGCCGAUCUCAAUUGCUAAUGCAUUUUCGGCAUUGGCCGAAGAAGACGAAGAGCAGCACGAGAAAAAAACUUCAACGUUCGAUCCAUUUGCCGAUGAGCCAAUUGCGAAGUCACACGAAAGUGAAAAGGGGGCUUUUACACCGGAAUCAUCUCUGGUUUGCACCGAAUCUUUUGGUGCUCCAAAUGCUCCCGAUUCUUGGGAAGAUGGUGAACAAGAAGUGUCCUCAGAUGUUGAACAAAAAGUGCCUCCAGAUGCUUCACUAGAG